GGAGUGGGGAGGCCAGAGUCUCGCCCGUUGCCACCACUGUUGUCGCCGUUGCUAUCCCCCUGCGAUCACAUCUAAUCGUGCAAGGCCACCACUGGCGCCGCCGCUCUCGCCUUAUUUCUCUGGGUAGUCAGUAACUCCGUCGUCCAUCGAUCCCAUUGUCGUGGGAGCAGCGAAAGAGAGACGGGGCCGCAAGUGGGGCUGCUUUUCUCAGCAGCUGGGCAGAGGUGAGAGCUCAGAAAGUUACAGAGAGAAAUGGAAACUGCCGAUCACUACAAGUUUCUUUCCAUACAAGAUGCCAUGAAGUGUAUCAAUCAAAAAGUGAACAUAACGGGCAUUAUAGUUGAGUUUGGCUUGCCAAAGCAAAGUAGGGGCACGGAUUACUAUUGUACCUUGAAAAUAAUUGAUCAAUCAUAUCAGACACCUGGGAUGUGCGUUAACUUUUUUGCUGAAAGCUCGAAACAGCUUCCUGAUGUUGUAGAAAGAGGAGACAUAGUUCAGCUUUGUAAUGUGAUGGUAAAAAGGCAUGGUGAUGAAGUAAAUGCUGUUUUCAAUAAAAAGUUUUCAUCUUUUGCGUUAUAUAAUGGCAAAGACAACAUUGAUUUUGCCCCUUACCAAGUUUCCGCAAAAUAUCACCCUAGAGAUGUGGACAAAAGGCUCUUGGCUGAGCUAAGAAAAUGGCUGCUGAAUUCUCAACUCAUUCAAGAUUCCUAUGCAAUGUUAAGAGAUAUCAACGAAGGACUUCACUGCAAUUUGAUAUGCAAGGUACUUCAUUGCUGUAAGACUGCAAAUCAAGAACGGAUGAUGAUCUUCGUUUGGGAUGGUACCGAUUUGCGACCAAACAGUAUAAUUGCGAAGCUAGAAGAUGAAGUGCAUAAUCCUCUUCCUUUACAUCCUGAACUUGUGCCUCUGCCAAGAGAGUUGCUGUGUACUUUUCCUACCAUUGGGUCCAUCUUGAGAAUAUCAUAUGACAAAAGAAUUGAGAGCAAGCAUCUAAAACUUUUAGAAAAUGAUAAGUGGGUCAAAAUUGUCAAUAUGCAUCUUGAAGUGCAUGCUGGACUAUGGCAUGGUGUGUUGUCUCCAUCUACAAAGCUUAGAUACAUACGGAACGAUGAUGAUCUUAUACAACAGCGCCAAAGAUUGUAUGAAGAGCGAAUGUCCUGGAAUCUGAGAAGAAUGCCUUUUUGGAGCUUUCCUUGGCCUUCCUAUGUUACAGAUUAUGAAUUUGCUUCCCUGACAGUGAUUGAUCAUGAUGCUGCCCCACUUUGUACCUUAAUGGAUGUCCUCACCCAUUCAGAGGUGACAGCAAAAUACAAGUGUAUUGUUCGAAUAGCAGCAGCUAUGCCACAGUCAGCUAAAGAUUUUUGCUCUCAACGUGGGAUUUAUAGGAUGCGGUUGACCGUAGAGGAUCCAACAGCCAGGAUCCAUGCGUUUGUGUAUGCUGAGGAUGGGGAAACCCUAUUUGAUGGUUAUCCUAGCACUAGCAUCUUGACACAGAAGAUGAACUCAUUACUUGGAGUGAAGCCUUGUGAUGAUAGUACAGUACCAAAGUGUGCUUCAAGAAACCCCCCAUGGGUUCAGGUAUGCCUCAAGUCUUACUACACUUCUAAAGAUGAUAUCUGGGGCAGUAGACGGUAUCGAAUAUUUGGCACCAAAAUAGUGGUAAGAGAUUGAUACUAUGUUAAAGAUGCCUUUUGGUUUCACUAGAUUGUAAAUAUGCUGAUGUGCAUUUAGAUUGCAUGUCUUUUUCUGUUUUUAAAUGACAAAAUCUAGGUAAAUAGGGUUUCAGACUUAUCAUGACACAACUUUUAUUUUUGACAAGCAAAGAAUGUGUGGUAUGAGAGAAUUUGUGCGGAAAGUAUAUAGAUGCCUAUGUGUGUCAUGAUGAGUACUCUGAUGUCAUAUUUAUGUAAAUCAACACGCGUGCUGAUGCUAAUGAUAAUGCUAACAGCUUGUGAAUAGUGUUUAAACUUUCUAUAUUACACUAACGGUACUAACUAAUUCUAUAUUUUGUCUUUCUUUUUUUUUUUUCCGUUGAUAAGUGGGAAAUAAUGUCUUCUUAUUUGUUUAUAUAAAGAGACAUUUCUCUGCUUUUA